UCGUGUACUUCCAUCUGGUGAAUAAUCUUGGCCGUGAAAUAAACAAGACGCCAAAUUGCAAGGGUGAAUAUUGCUUCGGUUUCGCGGAAAAACACCCAAUUUUGUUGCUUCGAAUAGACGAUAGGGGCCCCGGUGUGUUCGUCGCUACGCAGAAAGCGGAAAUUAGCAGCAAAGUGAAUAUUCGCGCUUGUCUGACGUUCUGUGAAGGGAGCGAUCACCGAUCGACGGUUACCAACCGCACCAACGAUGCCACUUUCCGUGACGAAAGCACCGGCUACCGGUGAAGAUAGUAGCAAAGAUCGGUUACUGGAGCCGCCAGCAUCGCCGUUGGAAACGCGAAGCGAAUCACCACCGAUGUCACCAUGUCCCAGCCCAGCCCAACCGCCCCAAACGACUAUCGGAAGCGCCGUCGGCAUUACUUCGGCCGUUGCCAACUUCUCCGUGAUAAACUAUGUUGGAAAAAUUCAAAAGCAAUCAUCCUACAAAUCAUCGGUCCGUUGCCGAACACCGUACGAGCGGUGUAGUCUUCGGCCCGUACAGAUGGACGAUACGACCAACUCCUCAACCUUCUCCUCGAUGGAGUUCGGUUGUAACAGUAGUAGCAGCAACAACAGUACCGGUAUUGGGUGUGAAACCAGCCCCGAAUCCAGCGACCUGCAGGACAGUAUCGAUACGGAAGACGGAAGUACGUCCGGUCCGCGAUUACGCAGCCGCCGAUCGAUGAGUGUCUCCUCCAGCGGUUGUUCCAGCUCGAUGGAUGACCGGAACUUUGACUUCUCGCCGCUGGGAAGCAUCAUUAGCUGUCGAUGUAACUCGUACAGCAUGUCGGACUUUGAUGACGAUGGGUUUCGCGAAGAAAGCAGCGUAUCGUCGGCGUACGCCGUACUGUCCGGCUCCCGUUCGUAUCAACCGCACCACCCACUGCAUCACCAUCACCAGAACGUACCUCACCACCCGAACAAUCACAAAGGACUAUUCGAUAUAGCGCUGAAAACGGUGAAACUGAUCCGGCGCAACCAGGAGCUACAGGUGCGGCUGGCCCAACUGCAGGAAGAGACAAACGCAUUCAUCGAUUCGGUAAUGGCCAACCCGGAGAACGAAUCGCUACGUUCGCAUUUUUACAGCACACAGCACAAGCGUCUACCGACAGUACCGGUGACGGUGCAAAAGUAAACCCGGACCUGGGAGCCGUUUUUCCGGACGGAAUGAUGAAAAGCGCUACAAUUGAGUUGCUACUUUUGCUGUUGAACAACUUACAAUUUCUUCGGUUAAAAUAACUCCAAAAUCCGUAUGAUUCGUGUCUUUUUGUUGGGCCACGGAUAUACGGCCUCAACCUCAAUAAGUUCAAUACGUUAGGCGUUCUAAAAAUUAGGAUAAACUAGUUUAGUUUCGUGUUUGUUUAAUCAAUCCCUCAUAGACAAGGCUAGGCCUGGAGAGAAGGAUGUUUCUUUUAACUUAUUGCCCGAAAAUCAGGCACUAAACGUGUGAUGGCGCGACCCUAAAUUUUCAUUCAACUGGAUCGUUGUAGCGUGGUAGGAUCAUGCUAAUGUUGUUUGCUAAUCAUAUUAAAACUAUUUAAUCGGAGGUGGUCUUGCGGGGUAAGCAAUUGCGAAUGAAAUAGAUUGUAGUACUGACACAAAGCGACAACACCGUGGACACUAUUCCGAUUUAUCAAUAUAACAGUGCUAAGCCACUAUUUCAAUAAGCAAUCAAUUUAUCGUGAGAUGUAAGCGUACUGUAUGAAUGAGCUUUUGCUGAAUUUGUACGCCAAACCCGUAUAUAUAUAUAUCGGUACGAUGGACGAAAAUAGAAACAGUGAGGGCUUACAAGGCCGCCAUUAUGAAUUUUCCGUUGUAUCGGUAUGUUUUCUUGUGUGUUAGUAUUCGAUGGAAUCGAUAUGAAGUGAUAAAAUAAGUAAGCAGUCUUCUCAGUGAGUUAGAAUGUAACAAUCAAGAAAUGGCUAUCGAUGUCCGAGAAAGUAUACAUUUUCUCCCCGUUUCACAGUGAUUACAGUAGUUGCCAAUGUUUUGUGGCCGAUAUUUAAUUAUUGUGAUUAUAAUUUGUCCAAAGCGACCAUCCCUAUCUGUAGCAGUUGAUAGAAUUUGCGCACAGUUUUCCAGAGCUGCCACUCUAGUUUUUAUUUUAACUUUUAACUAAGUUAACUGUUUCACCUUGUUCAUAACUUGUUUCCUUAACUGGUCCAAUCAAAUCACUUUUAAACACGAAACAAAUAAGAAAAGAGAUGUAAUACAAACGUAUGACAGGUAGUUUUAUGUUUUUAACCGAAUAUACAUUAAGUUUCGUAUGAAACGUUAUGGACGAUAAGGAUGAAAAUCAUAUUAAGCAAAUAUCAUUCGCGAGACAAUGUAAUUAUGGAUCGGGAUCGGUAUGGGGGUGCCGUUAAGCGUGUUCCGUGGUUGGCCAGACAAAUCUCAAUCAUAUUUAUUAACGAUUUAAGCAAAGGUGAACACAAUAAUAUUGUACUUCAUUACGAACGGUUGAAUGUAAUUCAGCAUAGAAACGAAUCCCCGAUUCGUAUCGCAUUCGUUCGAACCGAGAAAUAAGAUAGAUUGCGUGAGGAAAGUUACGUAAACUCCAAGUGGUAUUUAUAUUUAAUUAUUUAACCUAAGCAAGGAUAACUAAAAUAGAUGAAAAGCUUUUUUCAUUCUGC